AUGGAGUCAUCUCAAACAAAUGUUGGCGAGCUAAGUUCUCAACGAAAAAAACAACAACGUAGAGAGAGGUAUGCUGCAUUGUCUCCUAAUAAGAUGGAGGAAUCCCGGGCCAAAAAACAUGAGUAUCAACGUAGUCGUCUAACUCAUUUGAAGGACGAGGCUGGUGCAUCAAAAUUAGAGCAAGCUCGGGCAAAAAAUCGUGAGUACCAACGUAGUCAUCUGGCUCGUCUCAAAGCUGAGGCUGAUGCAUCAAAAUUGGAGCAAGCCCGGACCAAAAAUCGUGAGGAUCAACGUAGAUGUCGGGCUCGUCUAAAGGCCGAGGCUAUUUCAUCCAAAUUGGAUGCAUCAUCUGAAAGCACACCUAUCCAUGAUUUAAACUUGGAAAUAGAUGAAGUUGAUACUAGAAUUGACGAUGAAGGCAACUCUUGUAAGAGGAACAAUAAAGACAACUCUUGUAAGAGGAAACGGGACAUGGCUUCACAAGUUGAUAAUAUAGAUCAAGGCACUCAUGAAGAUCAAGACACUCUUGAAAAUCGCAUGGCCAGGGAGAGGUAUAGGCAUGCAAUAUCUGGUGAUAAAAAGGAUGAGAUCCUUGCUAAAAAACGUGAAUAUCAACAUAACUAUCGCGCUAAAUUGAGUGCUGUCGCGAAGUCCAAGAAAUUCUUAGCAUCAGCGGUAAAUAUGUCAGUGUCAAAUAUGUCAGGUGUUGGGAAACGUGUAUAUCAACGUAAUUACCGUGCUCAUAAAAGAGUUGAUCAAGAAGCUUUCAACUCUGGCAUUUGGGAGCCAGAAGACACAUUGCAUGGAAUAGAAGAAAAUGGCUUAGAUCAACAGAACCCAUAUGAAGAUGGCCCUGACAUCUACGAAGAUGAUGAAGCUAGAAUGUUUAACGUUAAAGAUUUCCAAUACGAGUUUUCUAUAGAACCUGCAACAAGAAUAAAUGAUCAUGAUCCUUGUAACUUUGUGUAUGUGGGACUUCCUGAGACCCAUCAUGUGUUGAAGGAACUGCAGAACUGUUUCUAUUGUCGUGCAAAGAGGUUUGAAGGUGAAGGUCAUGUAUUUUGUUGUCAGAACGGACGGGUUAAUAUAUUUAUACAAGAGGUCCUAGAUGAGCUCCGUCGAUUGUUCACAAGUCAAACCGAUAGGGAUGCAAAGUAUUUCAGAAGGAACAUUCGUUACUUCAAUUCACACUUUUCUUUCACCAGCAUGGGGGUUUCCAUUAAUCAUAGUUUGGCAACAGCAAAGGGUACUAGUAUAUGUACAUUUAAAGCUCAUGGCCAAAUAUAUCACAGGUUGGAUCAACUUAUGCCUGGUGCUAAGGGACCACACCACAUGCAGUUGUACUUCUAUGACACAAAUGAGACUAUGCAUCAUAGGAUGAAAAGAUCACCACACCUUGAUGCUAAUGUGAUCCACACUAUUUUGAACAUAAUGCAACACAAUACAUAUGUUUAA